UUUCAAUUUUUUCAGGAUCCAAAAAUUCUCGAUAAAGUACAGAAAAAAUGUGGCGCCGAUAUGAAUGCUCUGGAUAAAAAGUCUUUAACUAUAUGCUCGAAUACAGAUUAUAUAAAUAUAACAUAUCAUCAUGUCGUUUGUCCAGAUGCCGAAACGGCAAAGCGUUGGCAAGAUGGGUUACGUUAUAUAACCCAUAACAAUAAAGCCACUAAUGUGUGUCCCACGACCAAUUUGAUGAAGCAUUGGAUGCGUUUAACUUUUCAGGUGGAGAAAAAUGGUAAAAUUGCGGUCAAAACAGUGGCCAAAACUUUUGCUUCGGGUAAAACGGAAAAGCUAGUCUAUCAAUGUUUUAAAGAUCUUGGUUUACCCGAUGACAAGGGUGCUUCUAUGACACGAGAAGAAUUUACAUUUGAUAAAUUUUAUACACUAUAUCAUAAAGUCUGUCCUAGAAAUGAUAUUGAAGAGUUAUUUACUACCAUAACAAAAGGCAAAUCGGAUGUUAUAGAACUGGGGCAGCUUGUACAAUUUAUGAAUGAGAAACAACGUGAUCCUCGCAUGAAUGAAAUUUUAUAUCCCCUAUAUGAUGAGAAGAGAUGUACGGAAAUUAUUAAUGAUUAUGAACUGAGUGAGGAUAAGAAGAAAGCGGGUCAACUAUCUAUGGAUGGUUUUAAACGUUACUUAAUGUCUGAUGAAAAUGCUCCCGUAUUUUUGGAUCGUUUAGAUAUCUAUAUGGAAAUGGAUCAACCGCUUUCACAUUAUUAUAUAAAUAGUUCACAUAAUACCUAUUUAUCUGGUAGACAAAUUGGUGGCAAAUCUUCGGUGGAAAUGUAUCGGCAAACUAUGUUAGCAGGAUGUCGCUGCGUUGAAUUAGAUUGUUGGAAUGGCAAGGGAGAAGAUGAAGAACCCAUAGUUACUCACGGUCAUGCCUACUGUACAGAAAUAUUAUUUAAGGAUUGCAUACAAGCCAUAGCCGAUUGCGCCUUUGUGGCCUCAGAAUAUCCUGUUAUAUUAUCAUUUGAAAAUCAUUGCAAUCGUGCCCAGCAAUAUAAAUUAGCCAAGUACUGUGAUGACUUCUUUGGUGAAUAUUUACUAAAGGAACCUCUGCCAGAUCAUCCGCUUGAACCUGGUUUACCACUCCCACCGCCUAAUAAACUUUUAAAGAAAAUCAUGAUUAAAAACAAACGCAUGAAACCGGAAGUGGAAAAAGUCGAACUUGAAUUAUUCUUAAAGGGUGAACUCAAGACAGACGAUGAUCCUGAAGAAGAUGCCAGUGCGGCAAAACCACCUGAACCUGAGCCUGUUCCACCACCACCUGGCGCUGCGGAGGGUGGAGCCCCAGCAGAACCUGGUGCUGAGGGUGCGCCUGCAGAAGGUGCCGAAGCGGCUGUGGCCUAUAGCGGUUCGACGACCAAUGUUCACCCCUGGUUGUCGUCUAUGGUCAAUUAUGCCCAACCUAUUAAAUUUCAGGGUUUUGAUAAGGCCAUCGAGAAAAAUAUUGCCCAUAACAUGUCCUCGUUUGCUGAGUCGGCGGGCAUGAACUAUCUUAAACAAAAUGCCAUUGAUUUUGUCAAUUACAAUAAACGUCAGAUGUCACGUAUCUAUCCUAAGGGAACACGUGCCGAUUCUUCCAAUUAUAUGCCUCAAGUAUUCUGGAAUGCUGGCUGCCAAAUGGUGUCUUUAAAUUUCCAAACCUCCGAUUUGCCUAUGCAAUUGAAUCAGGGUAAAUUUGAAUAUAACGGCGGUUGCGGUUAUUUACUAAAACCCGAUUUCAUGAGACGUUCCGACAAAGAUUUUGAUCCCUUUGCUGAUGCUCCCGUAGAUGGUGUAAUUGCCGCUCAGUGUUCUGUAAAAAUCAUAGCCGGUCAAUUUUUAUCCGAUAAAAAAGUCGGCACCUAUGUUGAAGUCGAUAUGUAUGGCUUACCCUCCGAUACAGUAAAGAAAGAAUUCAGAACGCGUUUGGUACCGAACAACGGCUUGAAUCCUGUGUAUAAUGAAGAUCCCUUUGUAUUCCGUAAAGUUGUCUUGCCCGAUUUGGCUGUGUUGCGUUUCGGCGUCUAUGAAGAGAGUGGCAAAAUGAUUGGUCAACGUAUACUACCUUUAGAUGGUCUGCAGGCGGGCUAUCGUCAUGUCUCCCUACGUACUGAGGCCAACUUUCCCAUGUCUCUGCCCAUGCUGUUUGUCAACAUCGAAUUGAAAAUCUAUGUACCCGAUGGCUUUGAAGAUUUCAUGGCUAUGCUUUCAGAUCCUCGAGGUUUUGCGGGUGCUGCUCAGAAACAAAACGAACAAAUGAAGGCCUUAGGUAUUGAGGAGCAAAGUAGUGGUGCAGCCAAAGAUGCCGGCAAAGCUAAGGAAGAGGAAAAGAAGGAAGCGCCUUUGGUCUUUGAACCGGUGACAUUGGAAUCGUUGCGCAGCGAAAAGGGUUUCCAAAAGCAUGCUAAGAAACAGAAUAAGGAAUUGGAUACGUUGAAGAAGAAGCAUACCAAAGAGCGUAUGGCUGUGCAGAAGACACAGAAUGCAGCUAUCGAUAAACUCAUCAAGGGAAAAAGCAAAGAUGAAAUUCGUAAUGAUUCUGCAAUAAAAACUGCCAUUGCAGAACAAACCAAACAAUGGACUGAAAUGAUUGCACGUCAUAAGAAAGAGGAAUGGGAUCUAUUGCGCCAACAUGUACAAGACUCGCAAGAAGCCAUGAAGGCACUAAUGUUGGUAGUGCAGGCUCAACAAAUUAAGCAAUUGGAAGAAAGACAUGCCAAAGAUGUCAAAGAUUUAAAUGCCAAACAGGCUAAGACCUCUGCCGAUACCGCCAAAGAGGUACAAAAUGAUAAAACUUUAAAAACUAAAAAUGAAAAAGAUCGACGUCUAAGAGAGAAGAGACAAAAUAAUAUUAAACGUUUUAUGGAAGAGAAAAAGCAAAUUGGCGUUAAACAGGGUCGUGCUAUGGAAAAACUUAAAUUGGCCCAUAGCAAACAAGUCGAGGAAUUUAGUACUGAUGUACAAAAGGUACUAAGCCUAACUGAUACACAGCCGCUAAACGACACUGUAGCCAGUUUAACUAAUUUAGUUGAUACAACAACAACUACUGCUAAUACCACUACUACUACCACUACUACUAGCGCUUAGAUAAAUCACAACAUAUUUUAGAUUUUGUUCUUUUUUCAAUUCUUCUUUAGUUCAAAUUCAUUCCGAUCCAUAUAUUACAUACAUAUAUAUUUAUAUAUAUAAAACACACAAUUUCACUCU